AUGCUGAAAUUUCGAACUCAAGGGUAUAAUGGAUAUUCGCUACAAUUUAGUCCGUUUAUUGAGAAUAAAAUAGCAUGUGCUACUUCAGCAAAUUUUGGGUUAGUGGGUAACGGGAGACUAUUUAUUUUAAAUACCGGGAUUGGACCUGAAGGUGUUGAGGUUGAAAGAAUAUAUGAUACGCAAGACGGAAUAUUUGAUUGUUCAUGGAGUGAAAUUAAUGAGAAUCAAGUAGUAACAGCAAGUGGUGAUGGUUCUAUAAAAUUAUGGGAUAUCAAAUUAGCCGAAUUUCCAAUUCAAAAUUGGCAUGAGCAUAGUAGAGAGGUAUUUUCGGUUCAGUGGAAUCUUAUUAAAAAGGACACGUUUGUCAGUGGAUCAUGGGAUCAUUCAAUCAAAUUGUGGUCACCGGAGAGACCACAAUCACUGAUCACAUUCAAUAUGGAACAUUCAAAUUGCAUUUAUAAUACGAUAUGGUCCCCUAAUAAUCCAGAUUUAUUUGUUACAGCGUCCUCUGAUAAAUCCGUUAAAGUAUGGGAUUUGAGAAGACCUGAUCGUGAAUUAUUAUGUUUACGAGGUCAUGAAUAUGCUGUAAGAAGGGUAAAAUGUUCUCCGCAUAAUGGAAACAUAAUUGCUAGUGUUAGUUACGACAUGACUAUGAGAAUAUGGGAUAUUUCAAGACAAACCAAUCCUUUAGUGAAUGUUUAUGACGGUCAUUCUGAAUUCGUAGUGGGUUUGGAUUUUAAUUUGUACAUUGAAGGUCAAAUUGCUACAUGUGCUUGGGAUGAAAAUGUUCACAUUUUUCAACCCCCAGGUUUAUUGGGUUAA